AUGGACGGCAGCAGCGCGAUCGGCGCUACCGUCGGAGGCGCGCACUUCACGUCGCGCGUCUUCCUCUCUCUCGACGCCGCCAGAUCCGCUUCCGCGCCUCUCUCGCGGAGGCGAGGGCGCAUGCUAGCGGGCAAGGCGGCGGACGGUGCGAACGCGCUGUUCAACAUCUCGUCGCCUUUCAACAACUUCGGGCGCAUGUACACGGUGAUAUCGCUGGGCACGCCGGCGCGGUCGUUCGCGGUGAACGUGGACACGAGCACGAGCCUCUCGUGGGUCUCCUGCGACUGCCUGCAGUGCCCCUCCUCCUCCACCAUCGUCACCUCGCUCACGGAGUUCUCAACAGCAGCAUCCACGACGGCCAAGCCAGUGGGGUGCAAGGACGCGGCGUGCAAGCAGGCGCCCGUGUUUGGGUGCGACCAGCUGGCGGAGGGGGAGGGCGGCAAGAAGGGCGUGUGCGAGUACUCCCUCGCCACCAACGGCACGCUCGUUUCCGAUAGCAUUGCUCUUGCUUCUGCUGAUGGGAGCAGCACCAGCGCGACGGCGACUGUGAUGUUUGGCUGCGCGAGUGUGCGGCCAUUGGAGGACCUGGACGACCCAGUGGCAGUGGACGGGGUGUUAGGCCUGGGCGCCCGAAGCUACUCCGUGCUCAACCAGCUGGCGGCAGCAGCGGUGGUGCCUCCUGCGUUUGCGCUGUGCUUCGACUCGACGAGCAACUCGGGGUUCCUGUCACUGGGCGCGCCGCUGGUGCCGCCCAAUGUUACCACCACGGACUACGUGGGGUUUGACAACGACACGCGCUACUUCCUGCCUCUCACACAGAUCCGAGUGGGGCAGACAGCUGUGAAGGGUAGUGCAGCAGUGGCGAAGCUGAACGCGGACCUCACAGGCGGGUUCACCGUCAAGAGCAGCUACCUCUCCUCGGGCCUGCGAUCCGCCGUGCACGCAGACCUGGUCAAACUGGUGUUUGCCAACUCCUCCCUGCGCCGGGCCGACAUGGACGUCUAUUCAUGCGUGCACCUCACCGUCUUUGAGGCGCAGGACAUGGUGUUCCCCUCCAUAUUCCUGGAUGUCAAGGAGGGCUCGCUGGAGAUCACACCCAACAACUACCUCAUCAAAUACGGCGAGGACAGCACGGGCAUGAUCCUGUGUCUGUCGGCCAUUGUGGUGGACGAUGACCUCUCUAACGGGUUCAUUGGGGCCCUGUGGAUGCGGGACCUCUAUCUGCGCUUUGACCUCGCCAAGAAGAAGCUUGCCUUCCGACCCCUCAACUGCUCGGCGGGUGAAUAUUUCACGUCCAUCCCAGCUCCACCUCCCCCAGCACCACCCGCACCCGCUGCAGCACCGCCCUCACCACAGCCAGUCACACCUCCCUUUGGCGGCAGCGGCAACGGCAGUUUGCCGGCUGUUGAUUCAGACAAGGGCAACGGGGUGAUUUCCAGCGAUCUGCCGGUGGCGCUUCAGAACAAUGCGACUGCGGGGAGUGACUCGGCUGGUGCCGGGGGGAAAGCAGGUGCGUGGUUGUUGCAGGAGGUGGGGAAGGUGUGA